AACAGGUACGUCAAGCUGCACAUGACGAGAAUCGGCGAGAGACAGCAGGAGUGAGUUUGAGUUCAGAGCGGGUGCAAUGCUGUGGUGCUGUUCUGAAAUGUAGCCUGAAAUCGCCAGUCAAAAUGUCGUCGAAGCCUCACAGAGAGGAGAAAAAGAGUUCCAAGAAUGUCAGGAUUACUUCCAAGUGUUUUGCUCUUAUUUUAAAAGAAGUAUCAGUCUCGUCACUAAACGAAACGAGUUCGUCAACUUCUUCGCAGACUUCUGCUUCGGCUGCGGGCUCUACCAGCAUCACGAUCAGCGACCUAGGGUCGGAGGAGAAAACCAGGCGCAAAGAAAGCGGUAUUGGGAUAUUUGAAGAUUUUCAACACAAAAACAGCAGUUGUUACUGGAAUCCUCAACUUGGAGAGGUUGUUGGAAGCUUACGUUAUAUAGGCAUACUUCAGCCACAUGUUCUGCUUGUGGGUGGAAAAGAUGUUGAUCUGGAAGGUCUCAGUGUAGCUUGGUCUCGAAGGUUGUUGAAGCCACCCCAGGGAUUUGCUCUUGUUGGACUAGGUGAGAUCCCAGGUAUAGAGAUGCAGACCAUCUCCCAGACCCACUUCACACCUCUACCUGAGGCCCUCUGUGCUGCUGUGGCAGACUUGAAUGCUAACAAGGAGUUAGCAGACAUGAGCAAUAUCUUGGGUAAGCUGCAGGACACAUACAGCGGAGUUGAGCUUCCCUCCAAUGGCAUCAUAUAUGACACUCUGGGUGUCUUGAUCAAGGAAAAGAAACUGCUCCACACAGGCACUGGCUACUUUGUUGUAACUCCUGACAUGUAUGAUGUUCCUCUCAAUAUCACUGUACAAGAACCAAUGGCACACAUUGGAACAGGAGUAACAGAAAACGAGCUGGCCAAGUUAUCUCCACUUCUUUGUUCCAUGUCUCCCAUGCAAACCAUGAUUCUCCCUAUUGUCACCACUCCAAGUAAAGUUCAAGUGAAAACUAAGUCAUGUCAGACCAAUUUUGAGAAGGAGGUACGACACCUGAGGAAAUUAGAGAGAAGCCAGUCUAUGAGAGAGAAACAAAGUAGAUUGAACACUGCGGCUGAUAAAGAAAAUUUUAGUCGAACUCUCUCUCUAAGAUACAAAGAGGAUAAAGCACAGACUUUGUUUAAGGAAAUGAAUGAAAAUGUGAACUUGUUAAAUAAUGAGAAGGACAAAGAAAAACAAGCAGAUAAACCAUCCUUUCUCACAAAGUUGUGGAAUAAAUGCAAGCAGAAGAAACCAGAGUCCUCCAAAGAGGUUGAACAUGCCACAUUUUCUGCCCAAUUUCCUCCACCUGAGUGGCAAUGGUACCAACAGCAUAAAAAUGGGAGCAACAACAGAGAGCACCACAACCAAGACAACCAUAAGGCUCGACAACAUUACAUGGAAAACCAUAGGAAAGAGCAUAAUGACAGCUAUAAGACAGAGCACCAGUAUGUGGGAAAACACCCAAGAGAGCAAUAUGAUAUGAGGAACAAAACAUGGCAUCAUGGUAUUAAAAGUCAAGUGACAGAGAACUCUAAGAAUGUGCACCAGUCUUCUCUGAUACCCAAAGCCCACACCUGGCACCACUUUCAGAGUGCAAUUAAAGACCUGGAUCAACAUCAUCACAAGGGGCAACCCCCAAACAGUCGACCCCAGUGUGAUAGAAGUAUGUCCUUAGAUCAUAGAAAUCUCAGGAAUAAUGAAAAUGGUUUACCAACAAAACAAGAAGCCCUUAAUGAAAAUCCUUCCAAUCUAGAAGGCAAUCAGAGACAUGUAACAAGAUCAAAACACCAAAGAAGACAUAAAAAAUGCAGUAAGACUUCACGUAUGUUGAAUAAAUCACGCGAGUCUUUAGUCAGAAAGAGACAAACAUUGAGCAAAUCUAAGCAUAGAAAUCAUAGAGAGAAAUCAUAUGACCACAAAGCAUCACCACAUAUGAGGAAAGAAGAACUGGGUAGAUAUUCCAGCACAGAUGAAGAAAACCCAGAUACUUCCAAUGCCUACAAGUUCAGAAAUCCUCAUCUGAUGUAUCAGCAGUCUUGGGGCAUGGGCCUCAAACAAAGUGAAACUGAAUCUGAAAGUGGCAGUGAUCUUGAAAAAUGUAGCACAGUGAAGGAGUGCCCCACCAGGGCAGUACCACCUAGUGUAAAAUAUAGGGGAGAAAAUUCAGGGCCACACAUGCAGAAUUAUGAUAGGAAUCUUGCAGAUUUGCCUGGAAGGUUCCCUGUACGGUACACCCCACGAGCUUUGACAGGAGACACAUUGGAAGAAGAAGAUCAAGUUAUGUGGUCUUCUGAUGAAGAGGUGGACCAAGUUGGACAAUAUGUUACUGAGAGUGCUCCACAAUUUCAUAAUCACGAAAUGAAAGCUAAAUAUUUGGGUUAUCUGCCACAUAAACGUACUGGCCAUACAACCUCAAAGGACAAUGGUGUGAAUUGUAUUGGACUGCAAGUUAUUCCACCUAGUGAAGCAGAUAAAGAUCAACAAUUGAGAAAAAGCAUCACAAAUUCUCAACAUCAAUCAAAUAGAAAAAAUGAAGAAUCCAAGGAUUGUCACAUUAGACAGGAAUUAGUUAAUUUACAAUUGGGGAGAGAAAAUGCACAUGGUGACCACAGGACCUCUCAGAAAUUUAUGGGCAAUGGGAAUCUGAGAAACAGAAACCAUGACGUAGAUAUGGCUCUCAGAAACCAUAAAAAUACUGGACAUUUUAAUUGUAGUCCAAAUUCCACACAGGGGGAUAGUGGAUUCAGCUCUCCAAUGUCACACUCUUCUCCACAAAGUAAAAAAGAAAGUAGUAACGCUGCACAACUUCAAAAUGGUGUCCAACGCAAAAUUGUUACAUGUAGCAAAACACAAGGACAACAGCAGUGGUCUGUUUGUAGUGGCAAAAAUGAAGGGAAGGUUUCACCAUCAGUAGGCAUAUUUAAGGACAGUAGUCUAAGGCACCAUGGCAACCUGGCAAGGCACCAUGGCAACAAAGGCAAUCUCAAUGACAAUGGAAAUGAAGUGCAGGACAGCAGAUCAAAACACCAUAAACGAAUUGUAGAAGGAAGUGAAACCAACUGCCACAGAAGAGUGCAAUUUCAGAAUGGAUUUGCAGUGAAAGGAACUUGAACUUGGGGUCAGAUAUUCAUGUUGACAAUGUACAGAAUAUGAAGUAGGGUCUACCAUAAUAACUUGCUGAAUUCAAACAGUAUGAAUAACUGCAUAACUUUCCAGUUUAUGAUCAAUAAUAACUUCCAAAGAUUGAAAAAUACUGCAUAGCAAAUUAGUUCAUCCCCAAAACUUUAAUUUCAUGAUUUGUUGAAUGCUUUUAAUUAAAAAACAUUAUAGUGUUGGGUAAUAAGUGACUUUUCAUAUUUUUAUGUGUAUGAAGAUACCGCAAAAAUAACCACCACUCUACCUGAAGUUCUAAACCAACAUGGUGCUAAGAAUUGUUUUUAAAUAUCCAAAAUUUUGACUGUUUGUUUUCAUUAUGGACGUUAUAUCUGAAAUUCAUUUUAAAUUAUUCAUUGCUCUGAAUGACAUGUUUACAUUCAGUAUUUAAAUAUAGGGUCUUUUGUCAGCUGUAAAAGAGAUUCUUGUAUCUUUUUCUUUGAAUAUAAUAAUAGAAAUUGUUGAAUAACUAAACCCCUUAACAGUUACUAUAUAUUUUUUUUUUCAUUUAUUUAUAUUUGGUUGGGGGGGGGGAGAGAGAGAACGUGCAAAUAAUGGUUUUACUUGCUUUCGAGGUGGUAUUGCUUUAUGUGAAGUACAGAUCUUGGAUAUACGCCUUAAAGAAUAGGGUUUCUUUUGCAACUUAAUCUUUAAAGAUUAUUUAAUUUACAACUUUUUUACUAAGUGCUUAUUAAUUUAUCUGAAAUGUUGAACUUCUUCAUUAAAAGCUGCUGUUUUUGAAUUUGCCCAAAUGGGUGGUAUAUUUUAUAAUUGUCAGCAGAGUAUAUGGAAAAAAAAACUUGUCUGCUUAACAGACAUCAUACAUUUUAGUGUCUUGAAUACAGAAUACUCGUACACUUUUACAUUUUUUUUUUAUAAGUAAGAAGAGAUUUCUCAGUUCUGCUACCUAGUUUGAGGUCAAAAACUGUGUUGCUUGUGGAAUUAAUACCACUGAGGAAAAUGUAGUGAUUCCCAAAGGCAUCUCAGUUUAUCAAUUGCCCAAUAACAUUUCUUUCACAUUUUCCCCACAAGAAGUCUUUGAUACUAGUGUCAUGUCAUAUAUUGCUAUUUGCAUUUGACUUAUAAGACUGCAAAUGAUAUUAUGUUAGUGUGAAGCAACUGUCUUAUGAGAGUAUGUGCACCUGUGCACAUUCAAACUUCUAUCAGUAGGUGUCAGACAAGAUAAUUAACCUAUAUAUUGAAUAGUCUUUAUAGACCCAACUAUUGUAUGCAAUUUUAUAUGAAACAUGGACAACUUUCCCUCAAUACAAGGUUUUUCUUUUCCUUUUUCAAAGGGGUCAUUUCGUGUCCAAUCUCAUUUUAUUAAAAAGAUGUAAACAUAAAGGCCUUUUCUACAAUUCAUUUAAAUAAAGAAGUGGACAAAACGAA